AUGCGAUCGACCGUGGUGAAACCCAACCCUACCAUUAGCGAGCAGUUAGUAAGUGGCUAUCAAGGAGGAGCCAGUGUGGCCCUCCCCGCGGAGCCGGUUAGAAAUGCUGCGGCUGGAGCCCCCAGCGGACCCGCCAAGCUGGACUGCGGGUUCCCCCUCCAUGAAAUGAGGUGCUGGCGAUGGAACUCAGGGCCUUGCACAUGCCAGGCAAGUGCUCUACCACUGAGCUACACCCUGGCCUGGAGCUCAGAACCUUUGCUGUCUCAGUCUCCGGCUCCAAGGAUUUAUGGGGCCACGCAGACCCCAGCAUCGUUGUUGGCUGGUUCCCAUUGUAAAUAUGAGGAGGGCAGCCAGAGAACCUUCUGGAGGACCCCACUGAGGAGCAGAGCUGAAGCAGGACAACACACAGAGGAGGAGGGACUCUUUCCUCACCCAUGCCGCACAGAACCUGCUAUCUGCAUCCCGCAGAGCCUGUAUCUGCAUAAUUGGCUGCAAGACCUUGAGCAGACCAUGAGCUUCAUGAGGACAGGGCUUUGUCUUCUCCUUUACUGCCGCAUUGCCAGAGUUCAGUGGUGCCUGGCAUCCAGCAGGCCCUCAGCACGUGAAACAACAGUCUUUUAUGCUUCAAGGAUGACACAGAAGCGGAGUCACACAGGAUAUCUGCUUUGGAGCCCGAUUUUCACUGUGUACACUGCUUUGGGACCCCCCAGUGUCCUGUGGAUCAGUAUGCAUGCAAAGUUUUCAGACUUCCCAUUGUGUUUGUGUAUUCACUUGUUGAACGAUGUCUGGGGCAUUUUCAGCUUUUGCUUAUCAUGAAUAAAAUCGCUAUAAACAUUUGUGUACAGGG